AUGGUGGACAAUUUUACAAAACAUAAGAAAUCUUGUCUUUCUGCUGCUGAUUUGAGCCGCAAAGGAAGCAUUGAUGCUCCAAUCGUUGACCUAGUAACCUUCAUAAAUGACAGACCUAACUAUUUCACUACAAGUUCGUGCUCUGGAAGGAUUGUUCUCUUUGAAGAGAGUUCUCCAGCGCAAAAAAAAGGAUGUCGAUGGCUCUUAGUUUCACAUGAUUCAGUAGAUUUUAAUAGCCUGAAAAAAAUAAUUGCUGAAGAAGUCAAGGGAGAUACCGUCCUCAAAUUUGAACCAUUUGUCCUCCAUGUACAGUGUCACCAUUUGGAGGACGCUCAAACAAUGCAUGCCGUGGCAGUUGCCUCAGGAUUCAGAAACUCUGGAAUAACUGUUGGAAAGAAGGGAAAAGUGAUUACAGCUGUGAGGAGCACCCAUUCCCUGGAGGUCCCCCUGGCCAGCAGUGGUGAACUAAUGGUUACAGAUAAGUAUGUUGAGUUCGUGAUAAAGAUUGCCAACAGAAAAAUGGAAGAAAACAUGAGAAGAAUUGCCAGGUUUUCUGAAAAUUUACAAGAAGCUCUCGAAAAGCAAGUGACAAUCAAAGAAGACUCAAGUGAGAAGAAAAAAGAGCGGAAGGAACUUGUGAAAGAUAUAAAUGAGGAGAAAAAAAGGACAUCUAAUUGUUCUGAUAGUUUGAUCGAUAAAUAUGACUUUGACGACUUUGAAGCUGUGAAUGGUUUGUUUGUGGAACAAAGUGACAUAGGAUGAUAUAGGAUGCUUUUAUUUAUGUGUUUUUAUAAGAGAGGUUUUAUUGACUUGAGGGUUUCCACUGACUGGCCAAUUGAGAGAGGUCGCCAUGAGCAUUGUCUGUGCUCUUGUCGUGUUGUGUCAUCUCCAAUAAAAAAAGGUUACAAGAUAUGA